AUGAGCUCUGCCACAGGCCCUUCUAACUUGGCCUGGCCGCCUAAACAACGUCAUUAUCAGAGAACGAAACUGAAGAAUGGAACCUUCGUUAUCCCCAGGACUGGCGAACGAUCGAGACAAGAGUUUUCACUGCACACCGGGACCAACGCGUUGUCAACUAGCGAUGACGAAAACAAACCAACUUAUCAAUCCUUCGAGGACGCCGAGUCGGUCUCUGACCGCCUACGAAUUAUCGUAAAUAAUAUCAGAACUGCUUUCGUUGUAGUAUGGCUAUGGCUGCAUACAGAAGAGGGCCACGGGGUUCUCAAAUGUACACUCGCCUACGUACUUGGAAGUAUGGGCACUUUUUUCCCACCUUUGACUGCUUUUCUCGGUAAUAGAGACGGAAAACAUGUCUCAGCUACGAUUACUGUCUACUUCCACCCAGCAAGAACUGUCGGUUCUAUGCUCGAGGCGACUGUGAUUGCAGUUGUCGCAGUGUUCUACGCAGAAGUCAUAUCGUUACUGUCAAUGGGAAUCGCUAUCGCCUUGAAAACCCAGUUCGGCCUGGCUGCUGCUGCCCACAUUCUCAUCCUCAUCAUUUGCAUCGGUGGAGGGUUGGGCUUCGUGGGAUGGGUCAAGCAAAGACUCAAUAGUCCCCUCGUUAAUGUCGGUUCCACCUUGGCCUCGAUUGCAAUCAUUUCCGUAAUUACCAAAGAAGAGGGCGUCCAAGGAGGAUACUUCGAUGAUGACAAGAUCGUUCAGGUCUUAAAAUUGCUUCUUGUUGGUAUCUCAUGCACUCUUGCCGUCAAUGUAUUGGUUUGGAGGGUCUCGGCAAGGCAAGUCCUUCGAAGGUCUAUCAUGACCGCUACCAGCUCUUUGGGCGACAAACUAUCGUCCAUCACAAAAGGUUUCCUAAGUGGCACCGAAGAUGAGUUCUGGACAAAUGAGUAUGGCCGGGUUUCUGCUCGCUACAACAGUUCGUAUGCGACGAUGAACUCAACUCUCCGCGAAGCGAAAUUCGAGUACUACUUCCUAGGUCGGGAAUCCUUUUAUCCACUUGACAGACGUCUAUCAAGAUCAGUCGAAACACUCUCCCAGGCUAUAGGGGGAUUGCGAAGUGCCCUCGAAAACCAGUUUACCCUUCUCAGAGAGGUACCACAUCUGGAAGAGUCUUUUCCUUCACCCAGAACCGCUGAACACUCGCCCACUUUGACGCGCACUAUUACUGCAUUUAUGGAGGGUGAUGUACACAGACUGUCUGACAUUGAUGAAUCCGGAGAGAGUGAGGAAGAACGGCAAGCGAUGAGAAACAGAUCCGAGCCCGCUCCAAACACAGCUCCUGCUUUCCAGGAACCCUCAGAUAUCUUUGCACUUUUCAUCAGCAUGCUUGGCCCUUCGAUCAAGUCGCUGGCUCAUACCUUAUCAGAGAUUCUGCGUGAGCCUGCCUUUGGUGACGACCCGAACAAAGAUAUCGAUGUUAAUGAACAGCUGAGAGAGAGUCUCCGUGAUGCCCUCAAUCUUUAUAACAAUGCGAGAUCAGGAUCUUUGCAAGAACUUUAUCGUUCAAUUGAAAUUGGGCGAACUCGUUCCGAGAAGAUCCAAGCCGACAUCGAAGAGGUUGCUGCUGCUUGUGGACACUUUUCCUUCAGUUUGCAAGCCGUUGCUGAAGAGACUGAUGCCUAUUUGGACGUAUUAGAAGACAUCAAGUACACUACCGAGACUGCGCCUCGUUCUUGGGGCUGGCUCAAGUUCUGGAGGUAUUUCAGACGGACCGAAUCUUCAAACAAGAACGUUGUCGAAGACCCGGAGCGUGAGAGCUUGAUCCAGAAACCACCUGUCCCCAGACUUCGAAAAUCACAGAUGCCGAAGGGUAUCCCAGACACAAUGGUAGCACGGCGAGACACCUUCAACUGGGAUGCUGCUCCCCAGGCCAGUAGACUCAAGAGAAGAAUUGCCCAGAAGAUGCUCGAAAUUUCUCGCUUCAUUGUCCGGGAGGAUAUUCUCUUCGGUAUCAAGGUCGGUAUUGGUGCUCUACUUUGGGCGAUGCUUGCUUUUAUACCAGCAACAAGACCUAUUUACCAGAAAUGGAGAGGUGAAUGGGGUCUCCUCUCAUUCAUGAUCGUCGCUGCCAUGACAACAGGAUCAGCAAAUACUACUGGCACUGCCCGAUUCAAAGGUACACUCAUAGGUGCAACCUUUGCGAUAGUUUGUUGGACAGCCAGUCAAGGGGAUGGCAUCGCCUUAGUAUUCUUGGGUGCCGUUGUGGCUUUGUUCAAUUUCUAUGUGAUUUUGGUCAUCAAAAAGGCACCCCUCGGCCGAAUUGCUCUGCUUGCAUACAACGUGAGCACCCUAUACGCCUACAGUAUCUCGCAGGAUGUUGACGACGACGACGACGAUGAAGGAGGCUCCAACCCCCUGAUUUUUGACAUUGUGUGGCAUCGAGUGGUAGCGGUCACUCUGGGCAUCAUAUGGGGUAUUGUUGUUUGUCGAGUGUUAUGGCCCAUCUCAGGCAGGAAGAAGUUCCGCGAAGGGCUUUCUGUUCUAUAUCUCCAGAUGGGUCUCAUAUGGAAGCGUGGUCCGCUCACAGUGUCGCUUUUUAAGGAUAGCACACAUAAUACACUCGACUACAUGCGUGAGGGCGAACAGGCAGCUCUUCAGCGAUACGCCUUCAAGCUUGCAGCUCUCCGUACCGCUGCGAAGUCUGAAUUUGAGCUUCGGGGUCCUUUCCCAGACGCAGCUUAUGGCCGCAUUAUGCGAUCCACCAAAAACAUGCUCAAUGGCUUUUACGCCAUGCGUCUUAUUACAUCAAAGCGAAACUCUUUAACCGAGGGCGAACGAGCAUUGUUAGAGUACACAAGUGCAGAGAGAGCCCUUCUUUGUCAGCGUAUUUGCCACGUCUUCCAGGUCAUUGCAUCGUGCCUUAUGCUGGAGUAUCCUCUGACCGACGCUAUUCCUACUGUCGAGAACAAUAAGGAUCGCCUAUUAGGCAAGAUUUACCAAUUCCGCAAGGAGCACAUGAACGCCGAUCUGUUGGGCGAUGAGUCCCCUCUCACUGUCGAGGAGAGCGACUACGCGCUGUUGUACGCAUAUACACUUGUGACUCUUCAGGUAGCAGCUGAGUUGAACAAGGUCAGAGCAGAGAUUGAGAGUUUGUACGGAGUUCUGCACGAGGAAUCUUUAUUGCUACAGUAG